CAAAAAAUCGACCGCAUGAUGGAGGCCUUUGCUUCGCGCUAUUGCCUUUGCAACCCUGGGGUCUUCCAGUCUACAGAUACCUGCUACGUCCUCUCCUUUGCGAUCAUUAUGUUGAAUACCAGUCUGCAUAACCACAACGUGAGAGACAAGCCAACAGCAGAGAGGUUUAUAUCUAUGAACCGAGGUAUUAAUGAGGGAGGAGAUCUCCCGGAAGAAUUGCUACGGAAUUUAUACGAAAGCAUUAAAAACGAGCCCUUCAAAAUUCCAGAAGACGACGGGAACGAUUUAACCCAUACCUUUUUUAAUCCAGAUCGAGAAGGCUGGCUCCUGAAAUUAGGCGGACGCGUGAAAACGUGGAAAAGAAGGUGGUUUAUACUGACUGAUAACUGCCUCUAUUAUUUCGAAUACACAACAGACAAAGAACCCAGAGGAAUCAUCCCACUGGAAAACCUCAGCAUCAAAGAAGUUGAGGAUCCAAGAAAACCAAAUUGCUUUGAGCUGUACAACCCCAGCUACAAAGGACAGGUGAUCAAAGCCUGCAAGACAGAAGCGGACGGCCGGGUGGUUGAAGGCAACCACGUGGUCUACAGGAUAUCUGCUCCCACGCCUGAAGAAAAAGAAGAAUGGAUUAAAUCCAUCAAGGCAAGCAUCAGCAAGGACCCUUUUUACGACAUGCUGGCAACUCGGAAAAGGCGGAUUGCUAAUAAGAAGUAA